AUGCCCGCGAAAUAUCUCUUGAGAGUCGCUGCUUGGGUCCUCUGCGUGUCCCAAAUGGUCUGCAGUCGCUGCACCUGGGACGUUUACCGGAACAAGCAUGCCAGGAGUUUACAGGCUCUGGAAGCCAUGGGUGGACAUGUGCCCAAAGAAUGUACUGGAAUGAAGAACAUGUAUGUCAACUUUCGGAUGUCCAGAAGAAUUGAUGGUAACCAUUUGCGGGAAGGGAACGUUUUAAAAACAGCCAUGGAAAUAGUUCACCACACGGAAAAAAUAUUUACCAAAAAUUACAGCCUGGCAAACUGGGAUGAGAAGAACGUGGAGCUCCUGAGAACUUUUCUCCAUCGGCUGAGAUGUGAUCUGAAGGACUGCGUUAAUAUCAAGGGGGGCAACAAAACCAAAGGAUCGAAUAAACGAGUAAAGAAAUAUUUUAAAAAUCUGGAAAACUACUUAAAAGACAAGAAGUACAAUCGGUGUGCUUGGGAGAUGGUGCGGAAGGAAAUCAGGACCCUCCUGCAGCGUAUCGGGGGGCUUUUGGUUGCGUAG